UACCGAUUACAGGCUUGUUUUGUUUUGUCUACGAAUGAACGUCGAAUGAGCCUGUUGAUUGUUGAUGUUGUAAUUUCGUGAACAAGGGUGAUGAAAACACCUUGAACCCCGUAUUAAUUGCCAAAAUUCUAGCUCAAGAACUCUGUUCGGUUUGAGACGUAAUGGAAUCCGAUUUUGCAAAGAGUGACAAUGACAAGAAGGUCGUUGUUAGCUACGAAGAUUACUGUGACUUGGUUUCUGUGGAGCACGAAUGCAAUACUCGGGCAGAUCACAUGAACAGGACGAAAGAGGAGAUAAAGAAAUUAGAAACGGAAGUUGAAAAAUUGAAAAUGGAGGCUCAGUGGUGCUUUGACGAGCGAGGGAACAGAAUUAUUGCUACAGCUGAACAACAGGCUCUUGAAAUUAGCCAGAAAAUUAUGGAACAUCCCCAGCUAAUGGAAGAAACCCAAAUGGAAUCCUAUACACAAGAGACCCUGGAACGAGCAAUUGAGUUAGUCAAAGGAAAACACAUGUCUUUGAACGGUGCUUCGAAGACUUUCAACAUCCCCUACUCCACGCUGGGGGACAAGAUCAGAGGACGGAGGCCAGUCAAAGCCCAGCCAAAGACCGUCCUGUCCAUCGAGAAGGAGCUGAAGCUCGUCGCCUGGCUCCAGGAGUCAAGCAAACUUGGAUUUGGCCGCACACGUGAGGACCUGAAGGAUGCGGUGAAGAAGAUCCUUGACGCAGAGAAGCGGACAACCAUCUUCAAGGACAACAGGCCUGGGAAAGACUGGUUCCAGGCCUUUUUUAAGCGUCAUCCCCACCUAUCAUUAUCUGAGAGGGCAUUGCAGGUUCUCGGAAAAGAGCAGGCUGUUGUGACAAGGGACAGCCUGAAUACCUGGUUCCAGGAGAUGAAGGAGUACAUCGAUCAGCAAGACGCUUCACUCCUCACGAGCCCUGACCGCAUCUUCAAUGCGGGCGAGUCAGGCUUCAGUGUUUGCCCAAAGACCAAAAAGGUGAUCAGCGAAACAGGGGCCAAGCAUGUCAAUGCCCUAACCAGUGGGUCACGGCAGCAGGUCACCACCCUUGCCUGCAUCUCCGCAAAUGGGCGGUACCUUCUGCCUCUCCUCAUCUUUCCCUACAAGAGGGAUCCUCCAUACAAUGCUCUUGAGGGCUUUGAGCAAGCGUUCUUCAACAAGAGUGACAAUGGAAGGAUAACUGAAGGCGUUUUCCUCAGUUUUCUGAGGGAUAUUUUUAUCCCUCACCUAGCGAGAGAGGGCAUGAAGAGGCCUGUCGUUUUGUUUGUCGCUGGCCACUCCAGCCAUAGCUCGCUUGAGGUCUCCGACCUCUGCAGCGAGAACGGGGUAAUAUUAUAUUGCCUCAAGGCCCACAGCAGCCACCUGACACAGCCUCUGAACCAGGCAUUCUUCGAGGCCAUCAAGCCAGCGUGGCAAGAGGAGGUGAGGAAGUUCGUGACUGACAACAUGAAACCCGUCACACUGGGGACGUUUGCCGGCGUCCUGAAGAAGGCCUGGACAACAGCAGCUCAGCCAGAAACAGCCACGAGGGGAUUCAAAAAGGCAGGGCUGUUUCCCUACAACCCUGACGUUGUCCUCACAAGUGACAAGCUGAAACCCAGCUGCACCUUCACAGGGUCCCCUGCCCCUACCUUCCACUUGUUACCCACCUCGUCUCCCUCAGUUCCACCCACUUCAUCUGCCUCUGUCCCAUCCACCUCGUCUCCCUCUGCCCCAUCCACCUCUUCUCCCUUUCCCCCACCCUCCUCUUCUCCCUCUGCCCCACCCACCUCUUCUGCCUCUGCCCCACUCACCUCUUCUGCCUCUGAGCCAUCCACAACGUCACAAACUCGCCAUCAUCGGCUCAAGCAAAUAUUCUCCAUGAACUUUAAGCUUGGGGAGGAGAAGGUGGACCUGUUCCUCAAGAGGUAUGAGACUGGAUACGACCUCAAGAUUGACCCCGACUACAACAUGUGGUCCAGUCUGAUGUACGAUAUCGAACAACUGGCUCCUCCUCCACUCCCCCAGCCAUCAGCAGGAGCCCUGAAACCUCAGACGAUCACCGACAAGGUGCUCACAUUACAGUCAUGUUCAAAGAACAAGGGCGUUAAAAGGCCUCAGCCACCUGUGCCACAGUGCAUCGGUGGAAAUGACUAUAAAGAGAUGAUACUCACGAAGAAGAGGAAGGCGGAAGAAGAACAACAGCAGAAGGAAGAGAGAAAGAAGCAAAGCGAGCAGAGAUAGAUGGAACGGCUAGCACAGGCUGAAGAAAAGAAG